AUGUCUACUUACCUUACCUCUAAUAUUAUUGUACUUAAUCAAAAUAGUACUAAAUAUACUUAUACAAUUAUUAAAGAAAGAUAUUAUCCUCAAAAUGAUAUACUUUAUUACACUUCUGCUUGUUCAUGUAAUAACACACAGUUUAAGAUUCUAAACGACUAUUUAAUACAAACAAAUUGGGGCAGAAGUUCUUCUAAACAUAUAAUACAAUGCGAAAUUAUUUAUAUAGAGAAAAUACCAGUUUUUAAAAUUUUAUUUGGAGAAAAUUUUCAAGCAAGUGUAGAAUCCAUACAUUUAGCAAUAAAGGCAGCAAAUGCUUAUUUACAAAUAAAGAAACCUAAUACUCAAGCUUGUCUUUCUGGGAUACAUGUAUUUUGUUUUAAUAGUCAGAAGCUAGAAAGAGAGCGUGAAAGAAAAUGUAAAUCUUAUAUGCUUAAACCUUUUGAUAAGUUGAGCAAUUCUAUAAAAACUAAAAGAGUAUAUAUAUUUAAUGAACAAUUGGCAGUUAACUUCACAAAUACAGCAGCUAAAUAUUUUUAUUCUGAUGAUUGUCCAAUACUUCAAAAAAUUUGCUUUACCGUUCAAGACAAAAACUUUUAA